UCUAUAUCGAUGAAUACAUCGAAUGAAAAAGAAUAGAGAAGCUAAACAGACCGACUCCUAACGAGGAUCAUUGGGAAACCCAACGCUUUAUUAGAGAAGUUCAAAAGUCGUCUCGAAAAUUUCAGAUCCAUAUAUAUAUAUAUAAACAAAGAUCCUCAUUCGGAUAUAAAAUCAAACGACAUCACUGAAAAUGGCAGAAUCAUCAACCAACAAAAACAAAGCUCGUGCAAGCAAAUACAGCAGCGACGAAGAAGAAGAAAAUCGAAAUAUUGACUUGGGGUUGUCAAUGAAAAGUUUGAGUCUUGGCCCAAAAAAGAAGCUUUUGAUCAUGGGAAUCGGUGGAUUUCUUUGUCAUAGAGUCUGUUAUCGUUACCGCAGAGAAACGAUCCCAAAACAUCGUCAUCCUGAUGCAUCCUAUGGCAGUUUCUAUGUUUACAAGCGACCAUUCUGUGAGGACUUCAUGAAGUUCUGCUUAGAGAGGUUUGAAGUUGGUAUAUGGUCUUCAGCAAAAGAAUGGUACUUGGACAGUGCUUUGGAUUCUAUAAUGCAUGGAUUGAGACGCAAACUUCUAUUUGCAUGGGACCAAGGAAAGUGUACUAAGACCUGUUUUUUUGACUUGGAGAAGAAGUUCAAACCCAUUUUUCUCAAGGAAUUGAAGAAAGUAUGGGAAGGCAAUGGAGUUGGAAUUUCGAGGCCUUCAACACAAUUUUGUUCAUCCAAUACACUCUUAAUUGACAAUGAGCCUUACAAAGUUUUGUUGAAUCCGCCUCACACUGCUAUAUUCCCAAAGGAGUACAAGGCAGAUGAUAUUGACGACGAUGCUUUAGGAGCUGGAAGUGAACUAAGACGUUUCCUUGAAAAAGUUGCCGAGGCCAAAGAUGUUCCUAAUUUCAUCAAACACAAUCCAUUUGGAAACCCACCCAUUUCUCCAUAUCAUCCGAAUUGGGAUUAUUAUUCCAAAAUCAUUUCAACAUAUGAGAAAUAGUUAAUUUCUACCUACGGCUAUCAUUUUGAUUAAUGUUAAUUCAUAUGUAAAAUGCUUAAUUAACUUAUGAAUUUAAUAGUAUCUUUUUGGAAGUCUGGAAUUUGAUGAUCAUCUAUUCUUCA